AGCACCACCUGUGUCUAGUAGUCGCAAAAGAUCUAUUCUUCCGACACUUUACCCGCAGAGUACUGCGAACCCAUUUAACUAUUUCCAUCUCGUCUUCGCCAUAAUUCUCUGGUUUUGCUGAGCUGCUCUGUUCUUCAUCCUUCUAUUUCUUUUUUUCUUUUAUUUGUGUUCCAAUUCUGUUACAUCACAAGUAUCUUUCUCCUCUUUUAUUCGUCCAGAGAUGUGGCCGUCGGAUUACACUCUCAAAUCAUGAGCUUCUCCAGUCUUCUUCCCCAUUUAUGCUGGAGAUUUUUCCUACUUGUUUUUCUUCUUACUGUUGCUGUGAAUCCAUGUCUUGCAUUAAACAGAGAUGGUCUCUUGUUGAUUUCUUUGAAGUACUCUGUUUUGACUGAUCCUUUGUUCCAGCUUGGAAGCUGGAACUACUGGGACCAGACUCCUUGUUUGUGGAAAGGAGUUCAAUGCGACGUUGUUCCGGAUGCAACGAAUUCUUCUCAGGAUCGUGUGGUUGGUUUGGCUCUUCCGAAUUCUCAGCUUCUGGGCUCCAUUCCUGACGAUCUUGGUUUGAUUGAAAAUCUUCGAAGUCUCGACCUCUCUAAUAAUUCUCUCAACGGCUCUCUUCCCACUUCACUUUUCCAGGCUUCAAAGCUCGGGUUUCUUGAUUUGUCUAACAACUUGAUCUCCGGGGAGAUUCCAGAUUCCGUAGUUCAGCUCACUAAUCUUCAGCUUCUUAACCUCUCUGACAAUGCAUUGGCGGGAAACCUUCCCACUGGUCUUGGAAAGAUGCAGAAUCUAACUGUUGUGUCGGUGAAGAAUAAUUACUUAUCAGGUGGUCUUCCUAGUGGGUUCCGAAUGACGCAAGUCCUAGAUCUGUCUUCGAACUUGUUGAACGGAUCUCUUCCUUCGGAUUUCGGCGGUGAUCGUCUGCGAUACUUGAAUAUAUCCUUCAAUAAAUUUUCCGGGAAAAUCACCCCAGAAUUCGCAGAUAAAAUUCCAAGUAACGCUACAGUUGACAUCUCCUUCAACAAUCUCGCCGGAGAGAUUCCAGAUUCCUCCGUGUUCACGAACCUCGAUUCAAACUCAUUUUCUGGGAAUCCCGAUCUCUGCGGAGGAGAAAUCGAUAACCCAUGUCCCAUCUCCUCGCCACCAGCUCCUUCACCAAACGCCACUGCUCCGACAUCUCGUCCUGCAUUCGCCGUAUUUCCAAGAACACUUGAUCCUCCUCAAUCGGAGUCAGUAAACGGGCCUUUGCGGCAAGAGAGGACAGGACUAAGAACAGGAACAAUCAUAGGAAUCGUUGUAGGGGACAUUAUAGGCAUCGGAAUCUUAGCCGUGAUAUUCCUAUACGUGUUCCAAUUAAAAAGAAGGAAGAAGUCGGAGGAUGCCCUAAACAAAGAAGCCAUCAAUGGGUCAUCAUCGCCGUCCUUCGAGUCAAAAGGGUUCAGAAGUUGGUCAUGCUUGCAUAAAAACACCGAAGAAGAAGAAUCAUCAUCACCAUCAGAAUCUACAAGUUCUUCUGAAAGCGAAGUGGAAGCACAAAAUGGCGCUAAAAAUCAGAUUCAUAGACAAGAAGAAUGUUUGCAGAACAAAACAGGGACGUUGGUGACAGUUGAUGGGGAAAGAGAGAUGGAGCUGGAGACGCUUCUAAAGGCGUCAGCUUUCAUCCUGGGCGCCACCGGUUCGAGCAUAAUGUACAAAGCAGUCCUCGAAGAUGGCACCGCGUUAGCGGUCCGGAGAAUCGGUGAGAUCGGUGUAGGCCGGUUCAAGGACUUCGAGACGCAAGUCCGGGUCGUAGCCAAACUGGUUCAUCCAAACCUGGUUCGGGUUCGAGGAUUCUAUUGGGGAAAUGAAGAGAAGCUUAUCAUCUACGACUUCGUUCCCAAUGGCAGCCUCGCCAAUUUUCGCUACAGGAAAGUAGGCUCCGCGCCUUGCCAUGUGCCAUGGGAAAUAAGGCUGAAGAUUGCUAGAGGGGUAGCACGUGGGCUGGCUUACCUCCACGACAAAAAGCACGUGCAUGGAAAUCUGAAGCCCAGCAACAUUCUCUUGGGCAGUGAUAUGGAGCCCAAGAUUGGAGACUUUGGUCUUGAGAAAAUUCUAACAGGAGAUACCAGUUACAAAGCUGGAGGCUCGGCCCGUAUUUUCGGGAGCAAGAGAUCCAGUGCGUCACGGGAUAGCUUCCAGGAUAUUAACGUUGGGCCAAGCCCAAGCCCAAGCCCAAGCUCAUUAAGCGGUGUCUCCCCUUACCAUGCACCUGAGUCAUUCAGGAACCUGAAGCCACACCCAAAGUGGGAUGUCUACACGUUUGGGGUCAUAUUUCUGGAGCUACUGACGGGAAAGACUGUGGUUACUGAUGAGACGGGCCAAGGCACUGGGCUUUUGGCGGAGGAUAAGAACAGGGCCUUGAGGAUGGCUGAUGUGGCAAUCCGUGCUGACGUGGAGGGUAAAGAGGAGGCCUUGUUGGCUUACUUCAAGCUAGGGUAUAGUUGUGUGACCAGCGUCCCUCAGAAAAGGCCGUCAAUGAAAGAAGUGUUGUAUGCUCUUGAUAAAAUCACGAGUUCCUUUUCUCCGUCUUCUUCGUCGUGCGCCUAUUAUUACGGUCACUAAACCCUGUGCCUUUUGUUCUCACACUGCUCUUGUAGAAAUUUGUAUUUAUGAUUGACCAAUAGCAGUUUAGUAACCAUCGUGUGCAUUGUGCUUGUAUGACAGAUUCAUUUCCCUAAUUAUCUAGGAAUCUUCUAAUAGAAUAAUCUUUCUAAUUUU